CGCCGCUCCCCGCCGCGCGUCGCAUGCGCAGCGCCGACUCCGCCACGUUGCCACUGUCCGCUAACUAUUCGCAAUCGACCGACGUCUUGGUUGUUGGGACUUGGGUUAUAAUGACUUGACUUCUGCUAAAUGAACCCGUGGACUAGUAUAAGUUUUUCGCAGUGGCGUUUAUUUAUUUUGGGCGACCGCCGAGACGAGUUUAACGAUAAAAAACAUUAGCGUCGAGUGAGAGUUUUAUUAUAUUUUCUGUGCGUUGUGCGGCUGUGCGGCUGCGGCGCGCGGCACGAUGGAGAAGCAGUCGAGGUGGUCGGAGCAGCGGAGCGAGCAGCGCAGCGAGCAGCGGGUGGUGCAGCAGCAGGAGCGCGUGCAGCGCACCGAGCACCACUACACACACCAAAUGCUCACGCAGCAACGAAUGGAGAGCGCCGGUGAUCGCAUCCCCAUAACUGGAGGCAGACCCGGAGAGCCAUCUCCGCCGAUUUUUGAACAAAUAUUUAAAAAUGCCAGAUUCGCCCAAGGCGGCAAUGCAAAGUUCGAAGGCAAGCUUAGAGGUAAUCCUACACCAGUAGUAUCGUGGACCAGAAAGAAGGCACCGCUAGUGGAAUGCAAUAAGUAUAGUAUGAAUUACAAUGAACAGACCGGGGAUGUCUCGUUGCUUAUCAAGCAGAUUGGUCCCGGCGAUGAAGGCGAGUACACGUGUACCGCACGGAAUCAAUACGGCGAGGCAAUCUGCUCUGUAUACAUCCAACCGGAGGGUGUUUCAGUUCCAGCGCAUCAGGCUUCACAGCAACAAAGCUAUCGCCAUGUCAGCGAGAGUGUCGAGCACAAGUCUUAUGGCACACACGGGUAUUCUUCAGAACAAUCCCGCCAGACUCAAAAAGUGGCUUACACAAAUGGCACAGACUUCUCUUCGAUCGAAGAUUUCAAAGUUGAUACGUUUGAGUACAGGCUAUUAAGAGAAGUCUCAUUCCGAGAAUCGAUUACACGGCGAUAUGUUGGAGAGAGUGAUAUUCAUAUUAAUACUGAAAUCGACAAAUCUUUAGGCGGAGUCUCACCGCCAAAAAUAGGACAGAAACCAAGGAAUUCAAAACUGCAAGUUGGAACUGACGCUCAAUUCCAGGUACAACUGUCAGGCAAUCCACGACCAAGAGUGACUUGGUUCAGAAAUGGUCAGAGAAUAACUAAUUCUAACAAACAUGAAAUAAUUACAACUAAUACUCACACAACGCUUAGGGUGAGAAAUAUUCAGAAGUCUGAUGCAGGACACUACACAUUACUUGCCGAAAACCCUAAUGGAUGCAUUGUCACGUCAGCGUACCUUGCUGUCGAGUCUCCCACAGAAACUUAUGUACAGGAUCAAAAAGCACAGUAUGUUAUUGAUAGUCAAAAAUCUGCGACAGAAGAAAGUAUAGAAAUUACCGAAAAAGCUCUUGCUCCGCAAUUUGUAAGAGUCUGCCAAGAUCGUGAUGUAACAGAAGGCAAGAUGACGCGAUUCGAUUGCCGCGUCACUGGCAGACCUUACCCAGAAGUCACGUGGUUCAUUAACGAUAGACAAAUACGAGACGAUUAUAAUCAUAAGAUUUUAGUGAACGAAUCUGGAAAUCACGCUCUUAUGAUUACAAAUGUCGAUCUUAGUGAUAGUGGUGUAGUUACGUGUGUAGCGCGGAACAAAUCCGGUGAAACAUCUUUUCAAUGCAGACUUAAUGUAAUUGAAAAAGAACAAGUAGUGGCGCCCAAAUUUGUGGAAAGAUUCACCACAUUGAGUGUUCGCGAGGGCGAGCCAGUUGUACUUAACGCGCGAGCUGUCGGCACACCUACACCACGCAUCACUUGGCAGAAGGAUGGCGUAGCUAUUAUACCCAAUGCAGAGUUACGAAUUAAUACCGACGGUGGGGCCUCGACACUGGACAUUCCUCGAGCUAAGGCGUCGGAUGCGGCAUGGUAUCAGUGUACGGCCCAAAAUGUCGCAGGCUCCACCGCUACUCGGGCUAGGCUCUACGUUGAAGUGCCGAAAGAGCCUCCGCCAGAGCAAAAACGCUUACACUUACCGCGACCGACAAAAAUUAUUGACCCAGAACCUGCUCCUGGACCCGAAAUAAUAUAUUUGAGACACGUGGAAAGAGCACGCCCAUACAUUCCCCCAGGCGAAGAAGACAGAGUUUAUCCGCCACCGCAGUUUAUAAUACCUCUUAAGAGUGUGACGCAGAUGGAAGGCGGAAAAAUUCACUUUGAAACAAGAAUAGAGCCUGUGGGCGAUCCUUCCAUGAAAAUUGAAUGGUUAAGGAACGGACAAAGUAUAGAAGCUAGUUCUAGGUUUACGUCAGUAUUUCGAUUUGGAUAUAUAUCUUUGGAUAUGCUCAGUCUUAACAUUCAAGAUAGCGGGGAAUAUACAUGCCGAGCUGUCAGUGCCACUGGUGUAGCUGAAACUAAAGCAAUGCUUCACGUUACACCAAGGGCAACCAUUGAAAGGACAAGUCAACAUCCAGAAAGUUUGCAAUACAUACAACAGCUGGAAGAUUACUCAAAAUACCAGCACCAAGAAUCUAUUGAAGAACAAAUUUCUCAAAGGCCGCAGUUUAUUAGGCCUUUGCAAGAUCUUGGCGAGCUUCAAGAGGGCAGAAACGCUCAUUUUGAAGCGCAGCUUACUCCAGUAAGUGAUCCUACUAUGAGAGUUGAAUGGUACAAAGAUGGCAAACCAAUCACAGCCAGCUCGCGAAUCACGUCAAUCUUCAACUUCGGUUACGUCUCCCUUAACAUCAUGCACCUACGGGCUGAAGAUGCAGGUUCGUAUACAGUGAGGGCUGUGAAUAAACUUGGCGAAGCCAUCAGUACAGCAACUAUCAGGGUAGCAGCAAGAAGUACCGUUACUGCAGAUCUCGGCAUCCCAGAGCAAAGAAGAUAUAUCGAAAAGACUGAACAGUUGGAAGCGUAUCAACAACAACAACAUCAGAAAUAUUAUCAGGAAGUACCGGAAAGUACCCAAAGACCAGAAUUCAAGACUCCAAUAAAAGAUCAAAUAAAUGUGAAGGAAGGUGGAUUUGCUCAUUUUGAAGCUCGUUUAGAACCAGUAGGCGAUUCUACAUUAAAAGUGGAAUGGUUAAAAGAUGGACGCCCUGUUGAAGCAAGUUCAAGAAUAACUACAUUCUUUAACUUCGGAUAUGUUGCGUUAACUAUUAAAUCAGUGACAAUACAUGACGCUGGUCACUAUACAUGUAGAGCGUAUAACGCACUCGGUCAAGCGACUACAAGUGCUAAUCUCACCAUAAUAACAAAGAAAGAUAUAAUAGCAGAAUCUCAACAUCCUGGAGGCUUAGAAAAAAUUCAAUACUUGGAAGAUUCUAGCAAAUACUCAAGACGCACGGAAGAAGAGACACAAAUUAAGCAAAAGCCUCGAUUUUUGGGUCCAUUAAAAGGCACUAAUAAAAUAGUAGAAGGCCAGAGUGCUCACUUUGAAGCGAGAGUAGAGCCUCAGAGCGAUUUGACCAUGACUGUGGAAUGGUAUUUUAAUGGAAAAUUAAUUAAAUCUGCUAAUCGCAUACAAACUUAUCAUGAUUUUGGAUAUGUUGCUUUAGACAUUGCUGGAGUUAGAUCAGAAGAUACUGGAGUUUAUACUGUUGUAGCGCGUAAUGCUACCGGUGAAGCACAGUUAAGUGCAUCGAUGACUGUCGAAACCCGAUCGAGCAUCGACACAUCAAGUAUUCAUCGCGGAUUGUAUGAAAAGACUAGACAAAUCGAGGAAUCUAAAUUCGUGGAGCCAAUGUAUCAUAUUGAAGAAAUUUCUAAAUCAAAACCAGUCUUUGUUCAACCAUUGUCAGACCCACAACCGAUAUCUGAAGGUAAAAAUAUUCACUUGGAGUGCCGCUUAGAACCCAUGGGCGAUCCAACUAUGAGGGUUGAAUGGUUCCACAAUGGAAGAGCAGUUACAGUUGGAUCACGUUUCAGAACAUAUUAUGAUUUCGGUUUCGUAGCUCUAGAUAUUAUUCACGCUACAUCAGCUGAUUCAGGAGAAUACACGGUGAGAGCCGUUAAUCACUUGGGCUCUGCACACACUUCCGCAAUGGUUCGUGUAAUAGAGAGAUCAGAUGUACUUACAGAUACACAAAAUGAACAAGCCAUUGAGCAAAUCCAACAACUAGAGGAUUCUGCUCGCAGAACUAAACAAACACAAGAAGAUAUCACUGUAAUGCAAGCUCCACACUUUUCUCGGGCGUUACAUAACAUUGAAAUCAUUGAAGGAACUAAUGUUCAUUUAGAAUGCAGGUUACAACCUGUCGGUGACCCGACUAUGAGAGUUGAGUGGUUCUGUAAUGGUAGGCCAAUUAAAACGGGACAUAGGUUUAGGCCCGCCUAUGAAUUUGAUUAUGUAGCUCUCGAUCUCUUAAGUGUUUAUCCCGAAGAUUCAGGUGUGUACACUUGCCAAGCGACAAAUCAAUUAGGCGAAGCAGUAACUUCAUGUGCUUUGCGUGUAUUAGCUAAGAAAGACUUAAUUUUCGACUCUCAACAUCCCUCUGGGUUAGAAAAAAUUCAGUACCUGGAAGAUGCUUCUCGUUAUAAGAAAUCUGAAGUGAUCGAUGAAUCUUAUAAUAUUAAGCCUCGCUUUGUUACAAAACCAAAGUCCAUUGAAAACGUCAAAGAAGGACAUCACGUACAUUUCGAAUGCAAACUUGAACCAGUAACAGAUCCUAAUUUGAAGGUCGAAUGGUUUAAGAAUGGUCAACCGGUAACCAUAGGUCAUAGGUUUAGACCUAUACAUGAUUUUGGAUACGUAGCACUUGACAUCAUCGACUUGAUCGCUGAGGACUCAGGAGUUUACACGUGCAGGGCAGUAAAUCUCGUUGGAAGCGAUGAAGUUAGUUGCAAAUUAACUUGCCGUAGUACUGCCGAUAUUAUUCGCGCUACUCAAAAUGAGUCUGGUCUAGAACAGAUACAAGUUCUGGAAGAUCGCUCGAAAUAUUCAAGAACUGAUGUAGUCGAUGAAGUUACCACUCAGGCACCAAUAUUUACAACAUCUCUUAAGAAUGUUGAAAUAAAGGAAGGACAACGCGCUCAUUUCGAAUGCCGCCUUAUACCCGUUUCUGAUUCAACAAUGAAGGUUGAGUGGUAUCACAAUAACAAACCUUUGAAGAGUGGUUCAAGAUUUACUGAGACAAAUAACUUUGGUUUUGUAGCACUUGAUAUUAUGUCGUGUUUACCAGAAGACUCAGGCACUUACAAAUGUCGAGCUAUUAAUGCUUUAGGCGAGGCCGUCACUUCUGGCACCGCAAUAGUGCAUUCCAAGAAAUCUAUCUAUUUAGAGUCACAACAUGAAGGUGCUCUUCCUAGAUUAAAUCAAUUAGAAACAUCUAGACAUCAAAAAUCUACCGUACAAGAAGAAUUUACAACUCAAGCACCCGUUUUUACUACACCUAUGAGAGAUAUCAGGGUUGCAGAAAACCAGGCUGUACACUUUGAAGCUCGUCUUAUUCCUGUUGGUGAUCCUAAACUACGUGUUGAAUGGUUGAGGAAUGGUGUACCCAUAACAGCCUCUAAUCGCAUUACGACAAUGCACGAUUUUGGAUAUGUUGCGCUGAACAUGAAGUACGUGAACCCAGAAGAUUCUGGUACAUACACUUGCCGAGCUAUUAAUGACUUAGGAGAAGCUGUGACCUCUUCCACACUCUUUGUACAAUCUAAAGCAUCGCUUCAACUUGAAUCGCAACACGAGAGUGCAUUGGAGAAAAUUCAACAAUUGGAAGAUUCUUCUCGUUACCAACGCAGAGAGGAUGUGGAAGUUGCAGUCAACCAAGCACCUAGAUUCGUUACUCAUUUGAAUGGACCAACAAAACUGAUUGAAGGUCAAAGUGCUCACUAUGAAUGUCGUAUUGAACCUUAUCCAGAUCCUAAUAUGCGGGUAGAAUGGUAUUUCAAUGGAAAGGUCCUACAAAGCGGUCAUCGCUAUCGCACCGCAAAUGAUUUCGGUUUUGCGGCGCUUGAUAUACUCACAGUUUAUGGAGAAGAUUCUGGUGAAUACACCUGUAAAGUAAUCAACAAUUUAGGUCAAGCCGUAUCAUCAAUUAAAUUAAAUGUUCAAUCUAAAGAAUCAAUUAUACGAGAAACGCAACAUGAAAGUGCACUUGAAAAAAUACAAUAUUUAGAAGACGAGAGCAGAUAUAAGCGUGUCACCCACGACGAGAGUUUCAUUGCUGAGAAGCCCCAAUUUGGUAAACCAAUUAAAAAUGCUGAGGUUCCAGAAGGUCAACCAGUACAUUUAGAAGCCACUCUAACACCGGUUAAUGACCCAACAAUGCGAGUUGAAUGGUACUGUAAUGGAAAACCAAUUCAACAGGGACAUAGAUUUAAAACAACAUAUGACUUUGGAUACGUGGCAUUGGACAUUUUGUAUGCUUAUGCUGAAGAUACUGGCACAUACAUGUGUAAAGCUACCAAUGCCGUGGGUGAAGCAGUUACAACAAGCUCUGUCAGAGUAAAUGCUAAGAAGUCAUUGUAUUUGGAUACUAUGGAUGAGCAGAGACUUAAAAAGAUUCAAGAACUCGAAAAAUACGAAAGACCAAAGCCAGUAGAGGAGGAACAGCCUGGUCAAAGACCUGUCUUCUUGACAGCUUUAACAAGCCUAGAGAACCUUAAAGAAGGUGAACGGGCUCAUUUCGAAUGCAGAGUAGAACCGAUCAAUGAUCCUGAUCUCAAGAUUGAAUGGUUCCUCAAUGGACAAAAAAUUAAAACUGGCCAUAGAUUUAGAACGACACAUGAUUUUGGUUAUGUUGCUUUGGAUAUAUUAUACACAUAUAGCGAAGAUUCUGGAACAUAUAUGUGUAAAGCAACAAACAAACUUGGUGAGGCAGUUAAUACCUGCACGUUGAAGGUAGCAGGGCACAGGAACAUCAUUUUGGACACUCAACAUCCUAACGGCCUAGAGAAAAUAAGGCAGCUUGAAGCUCAAGGGCAUCCUUCUAGAAUUGAAGUAGAAGAACCUAAAAUUUCUCCACCUCGUUUUGUCACAGAGCUACGAGGAACAACUCAUGUUUAUGAAGGUCAAACUGCUCAUUUCGAAUGUCAGGUUGAGCCAGUCCAUGAUCCCAAUCUAAGAAUCGAAUUUUAUCAUAAUGGAAAAGCCCUGCAAUCUGCUUCUAGAUUCCAUAUCACUUUUGAUUUUGGUUAUGUGUCACUGGAUAUUCAACAUUGCGUACCGGAAGACGCCGGAGAGUAUUCUGUCAAAGCUAUUAAUGCUUUGGGACAGUGUACGUCCGCCAUAUCUAUGACUGUAACCGCAAAAGGUAGUAUCAUAUCGGAAUCUCAACGUCCCGAAGGAUUAGAGAAGAUUAAGGAAUUAGAGUCUGCAGAACCAUUCAAACGUCCUGAAAUCCCUGAACCGGUUACUCGGCAGCGACCUGUGUUUACUCAACCACUUCAAAACAUCGACAACAUACAAGAAGGACAAACAGCCCACUUCGACUGCAGACUUAUUCCAGUUGGUGAUCCAACACUCAAAGUUGAAUGGUUCCGUAAUGAAAAGCUUAUUGAGGAUAGCUCAAGAAUUACAAAGACUCAUGAUUUUGGUUACGUGUCUAUGACUAUAACUCAUGUGCGUGAUGAAGACGAAGGUGUAUAUAUGUGCCGAGCGUCCAACUUGUUGGGAGAAGCAGUUACCACUGCCGCUAUGAGGAUUAAAACUAAAGCAGCAAUUCAAAUGGAAACACAGCACCCCGAAGGAAUGAAGAAAAUACAGAGGUUGGAGGAACCUCAAGCUAAGAAGCAAGAAGAACCAGAACGUGAAUUUGAGAAACCUAUAUUUACACAAGUACUUACCGGCCCUUCAGAACUUUGGGAGGGUCAACAUGCUCAUUAUGAAGCACGUGUUGUACCUGUAGGUGAUCCAAGCAUGCGAUUUGAAUGGUACAUUAACGGAGUGGAACUUAAGAUGGGUUCAAGAUUCCGCACUACACAUGACUUCGGCUUCAUCACUUUAGAUAUAAAUUCAGUGGUUGCUGAAGAUGCUGGCUUGUACAUGUGCAAAGCAAUUAAUAGAGCUGGCAGUACAGUAUCUUCAACGUCACUCAAGGUGAAAACAAAAUCUACAAUUGUUGAUCAGGCUAUGAGACCUGAAGCAUGGGAACAGAUACAACUGAAAGAAGCAGCUAUGAAUAAAGUGCCUGAAAUGUUUAUUGAUACAGGAGUACAACAGGCGCCUAUUUUCACUACGCAUUUGCAAAGUUAUGAUAAACUGGUCGAAGGACAACAUGUGCAUUUAGAAGCUCAAGUAGAACCACGAACUGAUCCGAAAUUGAGAAUUGAGUGGUUUAAGAAUGGUGUUUCUUUAACUACUGGAUCUAGACUAAAGAGCACAUUUGACUUUGGCUUGGUUACUCUUUCUAUUAAUUCCUUGAGGAUUGACGAUUCUGGGAUUUACACAUGUAAAGCCACUAAUCUAAUGGGAGAAGCAGUAUCAACAGCAUCUCUUAAAAUCGAAGACAGACAUUGGUUACUUGGCGAGUCUCUUCAUCCAGAAUCAUUGGAUAGAAUCGGAGCAUUGGAACAACCUAAACCGGCAAAGCCCGAAUCUCCAGAACCUGUGUAUGAAACACCGGUAUUUAUAUCUCAUUUGAAUAACAUUAUCUGCAAAGAAGGCGAAAACAUUCAUUUUGAAUGCAAUGUAGAACCAUCGAGAGACCCUACUCUUAAAGUAGAAUGGUUCUUUAACAACAAGCCUCUACCAUCAGGAACAAGAUACAAGAGCACUCAUGAUUUUAGCUACGUGGCUUUAGACAUAACGCACACUUACGAAGAAGAUUCUGGAAUUUAUACUUGCAAAGCCACUAAUUCUAAGGGCUCAGCAACUACUUCAGGUUCCUUAAGAUGUACUGGUGAUAAGCAUAUUUACUUCGAUACCCAACAUCCUCAAGGCAAGGCAGGUCUUGAGGCGGUUGAGCAAGCUGAAGAGGCUAGGCUUGCCAAGGGUAGAAGACCGUCGUUGCCUGACACUGAAUAUCCUGCUCCAGAAUGGAUAGUUCCUAUAGCUCCGGAAAACAAUUUAGUUGAAGGCCAAGCCCUACAUUUCGAAGGCCAAGUUGAACCGAAAAAUGAUCCUAACUUAAAAUUGGAGUGGUAUUUCAAUGGAAAAGUUUUAGAGCAAGGUUCAAGAUUUAAACUGACGAAUGACUUUGGAUUUGUAACUUUAGACUUAAUUGAUGUUUAUGAAAGAGACAGUGGUAUAUACACAUGUAAAGCUUACAAUAAAAAGGGUGAGGCAUUCACGUCUUCCACUGUAUAUUGCACAAGCAAGGAAAACCUUAUUUGGAAAACUCAGCAUCCUAAAGGCGCCGAGGGAUUGGAGAAGAUUCAAAAUCUCGAAGAUUCUCUUCACAAAGAGCCAAGUGCCAAGCCAGACGACGAUACUGGAAGACCGCCUGAAUUCACAACAGUCUUCCAAGAUAUAUUUGAUAUAAGCGAAGGUCAAAUUGCACAUUAUGAAGCAUCUCUCAUCCCUACCGGAGAUCAAAGUAUGGUCAUUGAAUGGUUCUAUAAUGGAAAAUCUAUUGAAGCGAGUCAUCGAAUCCGCACUGUUUAUGCAUUUGGAAUGGUCGUUCUAGAAAUACUCGGAACAAAAGAGUCGGACUCCGGAACAUAUUCUUGCCGAGCAACCAACAAAUGGGGUCAAGCUGAAAUUAGUUGUAAAUUGGUAUGUGUUGAUAAAAGCAAAGGUCAAAAACCCCGCUUUACAACACACAUACAGAGCAUUGACGGUCUUAAAGAUGGUCAAUCAGCUCAUUUCGAGUGUACCGUUGUACCGGUUGAUGAUCCCGAUAUGAAGAUAGAGUGGUACCACAAUGGGCAGCCUUUGCGCCAUUCGACCAGAAUAAAAACAGUUUCAGAUUUCGGAUUUGUUGUUCUAGAUAUAUCAUAUACCCAAAAUCACGAUACAGGUGAAUAUGUUUGUCGAGCAUACAACAAAUACGGUGAAGACUUCACUAAAGCUACAAUCACGUGCUAUGGUAAAGGAGGAGUUUACCUGGACAGCUUACAGCCUGAUUCAUUGGCUAAGAUUAGAGAGCUUGAAAGUCUCCAAGGAGCUCAACAACAAACUCCUGCUCCAGCAUCUGCGGAGCCACCCAAGUUUAUCACACAAAUAGAAGACAUAACAAAAUUGGUCGAAGGCCAAAGCGCUCACUUCGAGGCGAGAUUAAUUCCUGUGGACGAUCCUGAUCUGAAAGUAGAAUGGUACUAUAAUGGUAAGAAGUUACCGCACGGCCAUCGGUAUAGAACUUUCCACGAUUUUGGAAUCGUGAUCUUAGACAUAUUGUAUUGCUAUGAAGAAAAUUCCGGAGUAUAUGAAUGUAUUGCCACCAAUAAGCUGGGACGAGAUUCUACGAAAGCGACACUAAAGUGUACCUCAAAGGAGAAUUUGAUCUUGGACUCGCAACUACCGCGGGGCAUGGAAGGAGGGUUAGAAAAACUGCAAACACUGGAGGAUUCAAUGAUACGCAGGAAAGAAACAACGGUUGAUGAAGAAAGAGGAAAGGCGCCUGUAUUUACAGUACCACUGUCCAAUAUUGAAAACCUAAGAGAAGGAGAGAACGCUCACUUCGAAGCACGUCUCACACCAACUGAUGAUCCCAAUUUGAAGGUGGAGUGGUAUUGGAAUGGUAAAUCUCUAAAAGCCGGUUCAAGGUUUAGAACAUUCUGUGACUUUGGUUUUGUUAUUCUUGAGAUAUCACCUACUUAUCCCGAAGAUUCUGGUGAAUAUUUAUGCAGGGCGGUCAACAAUUACGGCGAAGCUGUUACGACCGCUACUAUGAAAGUUCAAGGAAAGAGGAACAUUAUUCUUGAUUCACAACUACCUAAAGGAAUGGAAGGCACCAUUGAUAAAAUUGCUGCUCUUGAAGGAUACACUGGUACUGUGGACUCUUUAACACCAGAAGCGGAGAGCGGUAAUCCACCAGAAUUUAUUACUACGCCGUCUGAUCUUAUUUUGUCAGAGAAUUCUUCGGCUCAUUUUGAAUGUCGUCUAAUUCCUGUCAACGACUCGAGCAUGAGAGUUGAAUGGUUCCAUAAUGGAAAAGCUCUCUUAACAGGCUCAAGAGUAAAAACUAUUAACGAUUUUGGAUUCGUUAUAUUAGAAAUUGGUGGAGUUUAUCAACGCGAUGCUGGACUUUACACCUGCAAAGCUACUAACAAACAUGGAGAGGCCACCGUAUCCUGCAAACUUCAAGUGAAAGGCCGACAGGGGAUAAUACUCGAACCACAACUUCCAUCCCACUUUAAGUCGGGAACAGAGAGCAUUCAAAAAUUAGAAGAAACACUGUACAAACGUGAAGAAAUCACUGUCGAGGAUGAAAAACCAAACCCGCCAAGGUUUACAGUUGAAAUUAAAGAUAACCUCGAUGUUCCCGAAGGCGGGCCGAUACACUUCGAUUGCAGAGUCGAACCUGUAGGUGAUCCAACAAUGAGAAUUGAUUGGUUCCACAACGGUAAACCAUUUGCGACUGGUUCUAGAGUCCAUAUGCUAAAUGACUUUGGUUUCGUCGCUCUUGAUAUUGAUUAUAUUUACGCUCGUGACGCAGGCGAGUAUACUUGCCGAGCUACCAACAAAUGGGGAUCAGCAACAACAACUGCUAAGAUAACAUGCAGUACGAAACGAGACAUUGUACUAGAAUCCCAGUUACCUCAAGGUAUGAGCGGCGAGAAAAUUAAGGAAUUGGAAAGAGGUCGUAUUAGUGACGUGCCUAAAGAGGAACCUCUUAUUAACUCACCACCAAGAUUCAUAACGCAAAUACAAUCUCAUACUGUUGAGGAAUCUGAAUCCAUACGCUUUGAAUGCCGUGUGGAACCUAAGGAAGAUCCCAAAUUACGUAUCGAGUGGUACAGAAAUGGAAAACUGUUGCCAUCUGGUCAUAGAUUCCGCACUGUGUACGACAUGGGCUUUGUAUCGCUCGAUAUCUUGUAUGUAUACGCUGAGGACUCUGGCGAAUACGUUUGCCGCGCGGUCAACGACUUCGGCGAAGAUACAACUAAAGCAACUGUGUCAUGCAAAAGCCUACCCGAUAUUAUACUGCAAAAUCAAGUACCUAGGGGUAUGAAGAAGUCCGAAGCUUUAACGCAAAUGGAAGCAACAAUCAAAAAGUACACAUCUGAAGUGUUUUUGACGGAGGACGAUCUUUACGAUGCCGAUAAGAAACAACCACCGCGUUUUGUCACUCAAAUUCAGAGUCAAACUACAUUGGUUGAAAUGGAAUCAACCAAAUUCGAAUGUCAAUUGGCACCAGUUGGAGAUCCUAAUAUGAAAGUUGAAUGGUUCUUCAAUGGAAAACCGCUACUACACAAAAAUCGCUUUACACCCAUCUACGAUUUUGGUUAUGUUGCAAUGAACUUCGGGUGGGUUUACCCCGAGGAUAGCGGAGAGUACCUUUGCCGCGCAACUAAUUUGUAUGGUAUGGACGAAACUAGGGCUGUAAUUAAAACGGCUGGUAAACCCGGAAUUGUCUACGACUCACAAUUACCCAAACAUAUGAAGAGUAUUGAGAAGAUUCGUGAAAUGGAAGCAUCGUGGCAGGUAGCACCAGAACAGAAAGUGGAAGAGACUAAAGAGCGUUGUGCGCCUGUUUUCGUAAGUCGUCCCGAACCAGUGACUGUCGAAGAGGGCGAGUGGGCAAGAUUCUGCUGCCGCGUCACCGGUCAUCCUAAACCACGCGUCAUGUGGUUGAUCAAUGGAAACACCAUUGUUAAUGGUUCGAGAUACAAACUAACGUACGACGGAAUGUAUCACUUCGAUAUACCUAAAACUAGACAAUACGACACUGGUAAAAUAGAGGUUAUAGCUAGGAGCUCUGUCGGCGAGGCCGUGGCCACAACGGAAUUAAAAGUGGUACCGAGACACGAUGAUUACAGAAGUGUUCUUAAAAAUGCGCCAAGACCAGUUAUUAUAGAAGCUUGGUACGACGAAACGACACAAUAUCAACGCACUGGUACUGAAUUAGAGAAAACAUUUGAAGAAAGGCAAGUGAUGCAACGUCAAGGUGUUAUUGAUCAUAGACCUGAAUUAAAACCUAAAAUCAUCAAGGAACCAGAAACAGAAUGGCAACAAACUGUUAAAAAGAAGAAGAGCGAAGAAUAUUACAACAAGCUUCAAGAACUGGAAAACGAACAAGUUGUUAAAGAAAGCAGAAUGAGAGAAUCCUCUCAUCAAUACGCUGUUCCUGGGGAAAAGGUUACAAGCAGCUCAGUGGCAAGAUCAAUGGCCCAAAAAUAUGAAGACAAUUUAGAACAAACUGAAGAAGUAAUAGAGAAACAAGUACAAAAGAAAACCUUUAAGCCAAGGAUUCCAGAACCAUCGGAAUCUAGUGUUCACGGAAAGGAGGUGCAUGUAGCCAAACAAAAACAAAUUCAAAAGGAAGUUAUCGGCGACACUGAAAUCACCCGUAAGAUUGUAUCAACGGAAACAACUGAAGUUGAACACAAGGGACAAAUUCACGAACGGGUCGUUGAAGGGCCGGUAAAGCCUUGCACACCACCAGUUUUUACAAAGAAAAUGCAACCAUGCCGUGCGUUCGAGCAUGAACAGGCCAGGUUUGAAGUUGAAUUUGAUGGAGAUCCAUUACCUACUAUCAAAUGGUACAGAGAAAACUUCCCAAUUAAAAAUUCUCCAGAUUUCCAAAUUCACACCUUCAGUACAAAGUCUAUAUUGAUUAUUCGACAAGUUUUCGUUGAAGAUUCUGCUGUAUUCGCGGCUGUAGCUGAAAAUAGAGGCGGCACCGCUAAAUGUAGCGCUAAUUUGGUAGUUGAAGAACGUAGACGCCAGACCAGAGGUGAAACCAUACCUCCUAGUUUCACUUUAACAGCCCAAAAUGUUAACGUCACUUCGGGUCAGUUGGUACGAUUCGACACUAAAGUUACUGGAACUAAGCCAAUAGAUGUUUAUUGGCUAAAGAACGGCAAGAAAGUUCAACCAGACAUUAAAAAUAAAAUCCUAGAAGAAGACGGCACAUACACGCUUCUUAUCUUAGAAGCCUAUCCGCAAGACUCGGGUAAAUACGAAUGCGUUGCGAUCAAUAACGCUGGCGAAGCAAGAUGUGACGCCGAGUGUCUGGUAACUGCACCCGCUACCAAAGAAAAGCCAAAGCCGCAAACUAAGGUUGUUAAUUCACCUCCAGAAAUAAUUGAACCUCUUAAAGACAGAGUGGUAACUGAAGGACAAGCUAUUGAAUUUGUAUGUAAAAUAGUUGGAAAACCAAUUCCAACUGUCCAAUGGUACAAGGGUGACAAAUUGAUAAAACCUUCGAAAUACUUCCAAAUGUCUAGAACUGCUGAUGACUACACCUUGCGUAUAUCGGAAGCUUUCCCAGAAGACGAAGGCGAUUACAGAUGUGUCGCUUAUAAUUCCGCCGGAAGAGUUACUGUAUCUGGUAAACUGAAGGUGAUUCAGCCUGAUCAAGCUGAUAAUCUGCCGACACUUACAUCGCUACGUGACGUCACAGUUUACGAAGGAGAACCAGCGCAGUUCAAAACGCAUAUCACUAGCAAGAUCAAACCAACUAUUCAAUGGCUUCGGGAAGGAGCACUCAUUCCUGAGAAUCCCGAUUUUGAAAUGAUUCACGAGGGCAACAACGCUUACUUGGUCAUCUAUAACACUUACGAAGAAGACACUGGCACCUUCACGUGUCGCGCCACUACUGCCGCCGGCCAAGUUGAGACUUCGGCAAAACUAGUCGUCAAAAAAACUCAAAAACGCAGAAGCAGUAAAACAAUCAAGUAUAAAACGGAUGUCUUUGACAAAUCAGAAGAUGCGACAAUUGUUGCUAAUCAAUCUUUGUAUCAAACUACCGAAGAUAGCAAUAUACUAAAAUUGGAUCACGUUCAAGAUGUAAAUACGAAGAAAGUACAGAACGUUCCAUGGCGUAUACAAACCACUGAAGAUGUAAAUAUAAUAGGAAAAGAAUCUUUAGAAGUAAAGCAUUGGAGGAAACCCCGUCAAGAAGAAACAAAAAAACUGCAACAAUUUACUGAAGAAUCAUCAAGUAUUAUUUCUAAAACUACUAUAGAAGUUGAUGAAGACAUAGGAAAAAAAGAUAUUAAAGAAACUAAAACCCUGGAAACACGGGCAUGGAGAAAACCGAGACCCGAGAAGGUAGAAAAUAAUUUAGAAAUAAUUGAUAGAACUAAAGAAAGUGAAUCCUUUAUAGAACGAGAUAAAGACAAAGAUAUUGAAACGAGCCAGCCGAGAAAGCAAAAGCCGGCAAAUAUUGAAUCAAUCCAUUUAGAAUCAGGUAAAAUAAUUGAGGAAUCCGUAACAUCACAAAAACAACAAAAACCAAAGCCCGAAGUUUGCAAGCGAGAUGACAUAGUUCCAUGGACUCAGGAGGCAAUUAAAUUAAAACCAACAAAAGUUGAAAAAACACCGUUAACACGAGAAAAAAUGGAAGAUGUAACCCUACGACAAGUAAGAAAAGAAUCUAUCCAAACAGUAGAGACUCUUGUUAUUGAUGAAGAUUUGACAUCUGAAGAAAAUACUGUUGUUUUAAAGUUGCAUGAUACGUCUGAGGUCCCUGUUGUAAAACCGUUAACUGAAGAUAAUGAGAAACUUGAUGAAAAAGUAAAACCUAAAGAUGUUUCUUGGCGCAUUGGAAAACAAAAACAAAAAGUUGAGCAAUUAAGAAAAGAGACCGCAUCCAUUGUUGUUGAGGAUAAAUCACAGAGCCAAUUACAGCCCACGCUUAAAAAGCAAGAAACACAGGAGCGACCAGAGGCACCCUGGCGACGCGGAAUAAAACUAACUAAACAACAAGAUUCUGCAACAGAAGAAAUUUCAGUAACUCACGUUGAUAAAAACACAUUUAUUGUAGAAAAGCCAAAGGAAGGAGAUGUACCUGAGUCUGAGCAAGAAGUAAUUUUAAAAACCGAGUAUGAAGAAACAAAUUUGUCAAAAGUUCCGUGGCGUACAAGCAAGAAAUUGACCGAGGUGCAACAAGUUAAAGAAGAUGUUAUCGAGUCUACUAUACAUGCAAGAAAAGAAGACAAGAAGAAGAUACAGUCAACUAAAAUACUGCAAAAACCAGUAGAAGAAAAAGUUGAGCAAGUAAUUUUGAAACCAGUUAAGAGAACAAAAAUUGUUGAAGAAGAAAAGCCCGAAGAAGUGCAACUAAAACCAGUGAAGAUAGAAAAACAGGUAGAAGAAAACCUUAUCACUGAAACUAAAGACCAAAAGAAGAAAACAAUGGAGAAACCAACAGAAGAAAAUGUUGAGCAAGUAAUUUUGAAGCCAGUUACGAAAACGAAAAUGCCCGAAGAUGUAAAGCCCGAAGAAGUGCACCUUAAACCAGUGAAGAUAGAAAAACAGGUUACCACAGAUACCAAAGAACAGAAGAAGCCAAGAAAGGAGGAACCGGCAGAAGAGGAAGUUGAGCACCUUAUUUUGAAACCAGUCAAGAAAAUCAAAAUGCCUGAUGAGGAAAAGCCUGAAGGUGUUCAACUAAAACCAGUGGAGGUAGACAAACAGGUAGAGGAAAAAGAAAUCAUAGAAACGAAAAAACAGAAGAAGCCAAGAAUGGAGAAACCAGUAGAAGAAAAAGUUGAGCAAGUUAUUUUGAAACCAGUUAAGAGAACAAAAAUUGUUGAAGAAGAAAAGCCCGAAGAAGUGCAACUAAAACCAGUGAAGAUAGAAAAACAGGUAGAAGAAAACCUAAUCACUGAAACCAAAGACCAAAAGAAGAAAACAAUGGAGAAAACAACAGAAGAAAAUGUUGAGCAAGUCAUUUUGAAGCCACAUAUGAAAACGAAAAUGCCCGAAGAUGAAAAGCCCGAAGAAGUGCACCUUAAACCAGUGAAGAUAGAAAAACAGGUUACCACAGAUACCAAAGAACAGAAGAAGCCAAGAAAGGAGGAACCAGCAGAAGAGGAAGUUGAGCAACUUAUUUUGAAACCAGUCAAGAAAAUCAAAAUGCCUGAUGAGGAAAAGCCUGAAGAUGUUCAUCUAAAACCAGUGGAGGUAGAAAAACUGGUAGAGGAAAAAGAAAUCAUAGAAACGAAAAAACAGAAGAAGCCAAGAAUGGAGAAACCAGUAGAAGAAAAAGUUGAGCAAGUAAUUUUGAAGCCAGUUAAGAAAACAAAAAUACCUGAAGAAGAAAAGCUCAAAGAAGUGUCUCUGAAACCAGUUAGAAUAGAAAAACAGGUGGAGGAAAACGUCAUCACAGAAACCAAACAACAUAAGAAGCCAAGAAUGGAGAAACCAGUAGAAGAAAAAGUUGAGCAAGUAAUUUUGAAACCAGUUAAGAGAACAAAAAUUGUUGAAGAAGAAAAGCCCGAAGAAGUGCAACUAAAACCAGUGAAGAUAGAAAAACAGGUAGAAGAAAACCUUAUCACUGAAACCAAAGACCAAAAGAAGAAAACAAUGGAGAAACCAACAGAAGAAAAUGUUGAGCAAGUAAUUUUGAAGCCAGUUACGAAAACGAAAAUGCCCGAAGAUGAACAGCCUGAAGAAGUGCACCUUAAACCAGUGAAGAUAGAAAAACAGGUUACCACAGAUACCAAAGAACAGAAGAAGCCAAGAAAAGAGGAACCAGCAGAAGAGGAAGUUGAGCACCUUAUUUUGAAACCAGUCAAGAAAAUCAAAAUGCCUGAUGAGGAAAAACCUGAAGGUGUUCAUCUAAAACCAGUGGAGGUAGAAAAUCAGGUAGAGGAAAAAGAAAUCAUAGAAACGAAAAAACAGAAGAAGCCAAGAAUGGAGAAACCAGUAGAAGAAAAAGUUGAGCAAGUUAUUUUGAAACCAGUUAAGAGAACAAAAAUUGUUGAAGAAGAAAAGCCCGAAGAAGUGCAUCUGAAACCAGUGAAGGUAGAAAAACAGAUGGAGGAAAACGAAAACACAGAAACCAAAGAACAGAAGAAGCCAAGGAUGGAGAAACCAAUAGAAGAAAAAGUAGAGCAAGUAAUUUUGAAGCCAGUUAAGAAAACGAAAAUAACUGACGAAGAAAAACCCGAGGCAGUGCCUCUAAAGCCAGUUAAGAUAGAAAAACAGGUGGAGGAAAACGUAAUUACAGAAACCAAAGAACAGAAGAAGCCAAGUAUAGAGAAACCAUCGGAAGAAAAAGUUGAGCAAGUAAUAUUAAAGCCAGUUAAGAAAACGAAAAUGCCUGAAGAAGAAAAGCCCGAAGAAGUGUCUCUGAAACCAGUUAAGAUAGAAAAACAGGUGGAGGAAAACGUCAUCACAGAAACCAAACAACAUAAGAAGCCAAGUCUGGAGAAACCAGCAGAAGAAAAAGUUGAGCAAGUAAUUUUGAAACCAGUUAAGAGAACAAAAAUUAUUGAAGAAGAAAAGCCCGAAGAAGUGCAACUAAAACCAGUGAAGAUAGAAAAACAGGUAGAAGAAAACAUAAUCACUGAAACCAAAGCCCAAAAGAAGAAAACAGUGGAGAAACCAACAGAAGAAAAAGUUGAGCAAGUCAUUUUGAAGCCAGUUAAGAAAACCAAAAUCCCGGUAGAAGAAAAGCCCGAAGAAGUGCACCUCAAACCAGUGAGGAUUGAAAAACAGGUAGAGGAAAAUGUAAUCACUGAAACUAAAGAACAAAAGAAGCCAAGAAUGGAGAAACCAACAGAAGAAAAGGAAGAGCAAGUAAUUUUGAAACCGGUUAAGAAAUCAAAAGUGGUUGAAGAAGAAAGGCCUGAGGAAGUACAUCUUAAACCAGUAAAAAUUGACAAACCGGAAGACAAAGAUAUCGACGCAGAAACUGAGGUAAAGAAGAAGCCAGAAGAACAAAAACAAGAACAUAUUAAAGUUAAAGAAAAGAAACAAGAGAAAAUUGAAAAAGAAGCUUACGAAUAUGUACCCAGCGCAUCUGAAGAAGAUGUUCUAAGUGACGAGAAAACGAGUGACAUUGAAGAAUUCGCGCCACAAAUUGUAAAAGCUUUACCCACGGUUGUGUCUACAACUGAAGGAGAAUUUACAAGAUUGGAAGCUAAGGCUAUUGGAAUGCCUAAACCAAUUAUUAGGUGGCUGAAAAAGGGUGUGGAAAUUAAACAUUCCGAAGAAUAUCAAAUAGAGGAGUUAGAUGACGGAACAUCAAUCUUGAUGAUACCUGAAACACUUCAAAAUGACACUGGUGAAAUUACAUUUGAAGCACAUAAUCCAUUAGGGGUUAUAACAACAGUUGCAGCCUUAUCUGUUGAAAAUAUUACUGAUACAAAAGACUACAGAAAACCCGAAUGGGUAAAACAUAAAAAAGAGUUGAAAUCUUCUGUAAAGGUUGAUCAGCGACAAGUUCAGAUACUGGACGAAAAACGUUCAGACAAGACGACUACCGAAGAAUCUAAAGAGCAAGUACAAAUUGAAGAAAAUGAAAAAUCUGCAAGAAGAAGCAAAAUGGAAAAGACCAAAUUAGAUAAAAAAACUAAAGUUGAGAAAACUAUUGUUAAAAAAUCAGACGUGCAAAAAGUUGCACGAGAAGAAAUCCAAGAACACGAAUUACAUGAGGACUAUCUGAUACGUACACAUAAAGACGAGGUUGAAAUAGUACAUCCCUUAGAAGGCACUGAAUUAAACAAGCAUUAUGGCGUAACAAAGUUAGAAGAAGAUUCUCGCAUGGUUGCAGAAAUCAAUGAGCUACUUGAGGUAAUAAAUGCUAAAGAAUUUGGACCUGGAGAAUCUCCUUUGAGAGAAUUGGCUAAAAUAGGAUACAUGUUAAGAAGUGGCUUAACAAUUGAAGAAAUAGAAAGUUUAUAUGAUUCUCAAUUUUUCCCUGCUUUGCGAGUACCUCAGUCACAAUCGGCUUUGGUUAAGUUAGUUGAGCGUCAAGGCCAUAGUGCGCUUAUUACUGAAGUGCUUACUGAAGAGACUACUCAAGAUGAACAUGCAAUUGCAGCUAAAGUUGGAUUUAGAGCAUUCUUAAAAAUGGUCGAAAUGAGGCAUACCUCAGUUGAAGAGGUUAUUGCUCACUUUUAUCCCGAAGAUUUCAAGCCUCGUUCCUGGGAACAAAAGGAAGCACAUGAGGUCGUAGAGGAGUCAAAUGUUAAAAAUAUUGCAGAAGCUAAAACCAUAAAUGUUAAACAAGAUAAAUCUAGCAUUAAUAUUGAUACGACUAAAGAUGUCAAAGAAAAAGAACACGGCAAACGCAAAAAACACAUACAGACAAGUAGUCUCACUCAUGAAGAUGAUAUGAAAGAAGUAAGAAAAGAACUUCAGAAAAUGCAUCCGAUUGAAAAAAUUGACCAUUGUGUGGUUGAAGAGUCAGAUAUAUUGGAAGUGGAUAGAAUUCCUUUUCUUACAACUGUUCCGACUGAAAUAUCUGAAAACAACAUUGAAAUUAUACCAGCAAGUGAAGCCACUCAUAUAAAAAUGAGUAAGCAAGACAACUUCACAGCCAGGAUUAAGUUAGAUACAAAUUAUCCUCUCAUUAGCAAUAGUGAGCAAGUCGAAGAAAAAGAGGAAAGUUUCGAGACAAGAACAACGCAGGAGAGUUUAGCCCAAACCCAGUUUACUGAAGCAGAUUCCCUGCAGGUAACCGAGAUAGAUGUGGGUAAUUCCGUGGCAGAUUGCUUGAUAAAUAAACAAAAACGCGAAACAAAAGCUAGUGAGGGAUUAGUUACAGUAGACGGAUACAUCACAACUGAAAUUAUUGACGAAGUUUCUUCAAUAAGUGAAAUUGAAAAAUGUAUUGAUCAUAAAGAAAACGCAAAACAAACACUGUUUUUACAAGAUGCUGUCAAUAUUUCGCAGGAAGUAAGUUCAGAAAAAGAAGGUACCAUAAAAAGUCUGCCACUUACAAUGACGUAUGCUUCAGUAGGAAUUACGCCCUUGAGUGAAGUUAGUGUCACAGAAGUUGAGGAAGAGAGUAGAGAACAAAAGUUAGAAAAUCAAAGCUUAGAAAAACCAAUACAUGGCAAGGUUGAUUUUAAUUUACUGGAGUCAGUUGAAGUCGGUGAAGUUUUUAUUGAAGAUAAAUCAGGGAAAUAUUAUCCUGAGUUGAUUGUUCCUACUGAAACUGCACGAAAAGAUAUUCUUGUUUCGAAUCAAAUAUUUACCGAAUAUCAUGAUGUGCAAGAGAAAGAAGGAUUAUUAAAUGCAUUAAAAUUACCCCCCACUCAGGAGGCUAAUUUGGAUGUAAUGGUAAAAGACAGUGUUGUUGUAUCUAUGAAUGAAUUACACGAAAAGGAGGAAGAAUUGAUAGUACCUCAAAAACCCACAAUGGCAAUUGUAGAUAAAGAUUUGGAAGUACAUACUGGCUUAGAAAAUUAUCAAGUUACUGCACAUGUAAAAGAGUCCGAAUUUCCGGGUGAUUCGAUAGUGAGUAAAAAAGCAAGUGUUGGGUUUAAUGAACACCAACAUAAGUUUAAUACCGAAACAAACAUUAUUGAUUCAGAACUUAAUUUAGAAACAUCAAAAUCAUUAACUUAUGAAACAACAGCAAAUAUUUCAAUUUCUGCUUUGGAUAAUAAAAUUGUUGAGGAAAUUUAUGUAAGUGAAAAAGAGAAAGGGUUCAUAUCCAAACUAGACAAACCGACGGCUAUAGCGAACAUUGGAGUUAAAACAUUAAAACCAAUAAUAACAUCCGAGACUUUAGACAAUUUAACCGUCAGCGAAUUUUUAUCGCAGGAGAUAGGCGACAAGUCUGCAGUAGAAACAAUAUUAACACAAAAUGCAAAAGUAAUAUCCAUGCCGUUAGUACAUGAGCAGGAGUCUCCUCAAGAUUGCCGAAUUGAAAAGCCCAGAGAGUUGUCUACAGCCGUUAUUCCUAAUUUACCUCUAUCCGUCAUCGAAACCGCUGCAGUUGAAAAGGAAAGUUGUUUAGAUACAAACGCUAUCCCGAACACGAAUCAUGCUAAAACAGCAACUUCGUAUCCAUUACAAACUCCAAUUUCACAAGAAGUUACUACUGCUGAUCAGAUAGGCAUAAUAACGAGCGAAAACAAUAUUGUAGAAGAAAUUUCAGAACAACAUAGUUUACUUAAUGAAAUAACAACGUUUCAAACAAUUGCACAAGAACAAGUGCAAUUAUUGAACGAAAAGGAAUUAUGCCAAAAGACUGCAAAUUUGAACUUUAUAAGUAAGGAAAGUUUAAAUGUCACUGAAACACAAUCUUCCCUAAGGGAAGAAUAUUUUAAACCAAUAAUUCCAACAACCACUGAAGUAGCUGAGAUUGAUGUUGACGUUAUUCACAAAGUCGCUUUGAUUUCAGAAGUUAGCACAAAAGAUACCUUAAAUAAACUACUCGAUGAGAAAUUAACUUACAAAGAGGCACAAAUAACACAGAAUCUCUUGACACAGCUACAAGUUUCUGAAAGUAACGUCUUAGAAACACAAGAACCUUUUGAAGAAAAUUUUAUGCCCGAACACAAAUUUCUUAACGCAGGAGUCAUUGCUCCGCAACAGUCUUUAACUGUAUCUGAAACACUACAACAUGAAAAAGAAGGAAUUUAUGAAGACAGUGAGGUAAAAGAAGGCUUUACUGCAGCUCCUAGUAUUUCAAGUCUGCCCGUUGCCGUGUCAUCUGAACUUAUAUCUGAAAAUACGGUUGAGUUUACCAAGCAAACUCCUAAAGGUGAUAUACCGAAACAUGCUACUGUCAGCAAUGUUAGUUUUAAAGAAGUUAUUGUGAGUACCACAGAUUGCAAUGAAACGGAGCGGGCUUUAAUAACAACAAAACCGAGGUCAUACGAAGCUUCCCUUAAACUCGAUACAAACGAUGCUUUAGUAAUAGAAGAAUUUAGUCCAGAAACAAAAAGCACUGAUCUAGAAGACCAAAGUGUUCAGGUUUCAGUAAAGGCUAAACGAGAUGCAAUUCCGAUACAAGCUGCUUCACAACAAGAAAUUUUUAUACAUAAUCUUGAAGGAGUAUUACAAAAAGAACAAGUUUCAACAAAGCAACCUAUCAUUUCUAUGACAACACUUCCAGUUCCAGAAUGCGAUAUAAAUGUGUUAGUUGACAAUGAGAAUUAUUUAGCUAUGCCCAUAAGACCUGAUAAACAAAAUGCAGAUGUUUCUAUACUGGAAAAGCACGGCAUUCAAACAACUGAAAUCUUAUCACACUCAGAUAAUUUGAAAAACACAGAUGAUUUUGAAUUCGCAUAUAAAAAAGCUUUACCUAAUGUGGAAGUUUAUGGUAAAGCUGCAAACGUAGAAGAAACUGUAAUAAGCCACGGAAUAGAUGCACUAAUCGAAUCAAAGACCAGCGUUGAAGCUCCCAAUGUUGUAGCAGUGCCGUUAAAUGUUUUAAAACAAACUGAUAUUAUACCGGCAGAAAAAGAAAUUUCAUUUGUAGGAAAAGAUACAUUGCAAUCAAACGCCACACUUGACUUUACACAGUUACAAGCAAUCCAGACGAGCGUAAUUGAAAUAAGUGACAAAGAAAAAGAAUUAGAUACAUCUUCUACUUUAGAAACUAAACCUUUCUCUGUUAAAUUUGUUGCACCCUUGCAAGGGGCAAUCAAUACUGAAAUCUUGACAUCUGGAAAUGUCGAUUGUUUAAAAGAUAUGAAACCAGAUUUGAAGCAAGCCACAUUAACAUUUGAUGAAAAUCUGCAGCAAGUAGAAGGUGUGCAAGUUAUCUGUAAUGAAAAAGAAGCAGAAUUAUUACAUAAAGAAACAGGUACAACAUUACACGCUACCGAAAUGCUCGUAGAAUCUCAAGCAAAAGAAGUUCAAGAAAUACAGACGGUAGAAAAAGAAAAGGAAUUUGAAAACGAGUUUAAACCGCAUAGUAGUAACGCGGGCUAUUCUAUAAAGGAAGAGAAACAUCUGCAAAGUACUGAAGUACUAACAAAUCAAGUUAGCUUAGAACUGGAAGUGCAAAACAUAAAAUUCGAAAAAGCUUAUCCAUCGUACGAAAGUCACGAAGUUCCCCAAAAGACAGAACAAAUUUUGGGAGAAAAGGAAGAAAUAAGGGUAGAAGAAAUAACAAACUCAAUAAAAAGUAAAAGUUCUGUGAAAGGCAUAAGUUCUAUCAAUAUAACUGAAGUUAUUCCUUCUGAAAAUUUGUUACCGCUGCCUAAAAUUACGCCUAUCGGUUCAAAAAAUGUAGAACCUACAAAUAAUGUUUUGGUGCAGCCAUGUGUGAACAUAAGUGAAACGGUAGUUAGUGAAAAAGAAGAAGAGUUGCCGUCAUUUAAAGAUCACAAUAAAAAACAAGCGGAGAUAGUUCUUCCCCAAAAUGUUUACGUAAAUGUUAAAGAUCUAGUUAUAGUGGAAUCAGAAGAAAAGUUGAUUGUUGAAGGAACUCCUAAGCCGUUAUCGACAAAUGUUGCGGAAUUAGAAACAAAUAGACAUCUUAAUGUUGAAAUUCCGUUUUCAUCGGAAUCAGCAACUGUUUUAGGACCAAAAGAUAUUAGUAAAAAAGAAAGAGGUGAAAUUAAUUUUGAAUCAAUAAAACCGCUUAUUGUUAAUGAAAUUAAAGCCGAAGAAACUGAGGAAGAAUUUAAUGUUAACAUGAAGAAAAAAGAAAAACCUUUGGUUAAUAUAGAAUUGAGUGAUUCGGUUAAUGUUACAGAAGUGAUAAAACUUGAAAAGGGAAUAAAACUUAACACUGAUAAAGAAACAUUUACAAAUGCUUCUUGUAAUAUUGAACAAAGAGACAAAUACGUUACAGUCACAGAAAUAAAUGCCAAUGAGAAAGAAUAUGUAACCGAGCAAACUAACAUAUAUCAACCUAAGGAAUUCAAGGAAGUAUUUGACACACAUUCUUCCGUUAUAAUAGAAGAAGUAAUACCAAAAGAAUCUGAAGAGAAUUUAACAGACUGUAAGUUAGCAAAAGAAGAGAAAGUUACCAUCGACUUGGAUUCCCAGCACCAUAUUACGAUUACGGAUGUCGAUACAAGAGAAAAAGAACAAAAUUUAAAUAUCAAAAGCAAUCAGAUUUGCGAUAAACAAAGUGUAAAUGUUGCGGCCCUAGACCAUGUAUUUACAGUAGAAACCACAGCCUUAGAGAGUGGAUUAGGAAUUACUGAACAACCUAAAAAGCGAUACGAAAAUGCACAAAAACUGCAACUCACUUCUGAAAGUCUAAAUAAUGAGCUUACACAAGUAAUGGAUAAUGUCGACCAAAUGGAUAUUUAUCAAAAGCCAGAAGAACUGACACCCAAGUCAAGUUAUAAUGAAAUGCAACACAUACAACUGCUUGAACUAGUUACGGAAGAAACCCCUACUUCAUUAAUAACAGGUGGUCCUGUAAGUGAACAUGCGUCUUCUGUACUAGCGCCAUUGAAAGAAGUUGUUCGUUUUUCGCCACAAUCUAUUGAAAAUUUGGAAAAUUUACGUGACCAAAAUCGGGACGAAAAAAAAAUUGAUUAUGAAUAUGUGCUUAAUAAAAGUUACAUGACACUAGAAAGUACAACAGUAGAAACCUCCGAAAAUGUUAUCAUUCAAGGUACUGAGCCUAAAACUGCAGAUCAAGAACUACUGGAAAUGAAAUCAAUUGAGGGAAUUGAAAUAAUGUCGAGUGAAAAUGUUGCUGAUUUAGUUAAAUCAGAAAACGAGCAGAAACAAAUAGCAGAAGAGAAACCUAUUGUUUUGCAUGAAGUUACUAAAUGUGAACACAAUACUUUAGACAGUGUAGCUGGGAUAUAUAAUUUCUCUGUUACAAAAAGCGAUAAUGCAACAGUUGAUGUAGAAACUUAUAAAAGUUACCAGGUUUCAGAAAACACAACACACGAACAUCCUAAAACAAUUAGCAGCCAAUAUGACACAGAACCUAAACAGCUUCAAGAAAAAAUUACAGAAUUAAAGCCGGUUGAGUUAACAGAAAUUAUUUUAGGAGAAGUUGAAAACGUUUUAAUGGCUAGCAAUGUAAAUACAGUAGAGAAUAAAAUCGUAAAUAUAAUUGACUUAGAACCAAUAAGUCAAACAGAUGUGCUUGUAUAUGAAAGUGUAAAAAAUGAAAAUCCCAACGUGAGUAAAUCUGUAACUGCCGAAAAGAAUAUAACGCCAUUGACGCAUCUUCAAUGCAAUGUCAAUGUUUCCGAAUUGCAGGUGGAUGAAUUAGUCACAGAACAACCACAGACUAAAAUCACUACUGUUAAAACUACAAAUAUUUUACCUUUACAAGUAACUGAUAACACGAGCAUCCAAUCUGAAAUACCGUUAAAUGUUAAAACGCCUGAAAAACAAAAAGUCAAAGAAACUUACAACUUUUACAAUGAAAUUGAAGUGUUGGAUAAAAAUAGAGCUGAAGAAACAAAUCCUUACAAUCAAGAGUAUCCACAAGCACUCAAAACAAAUUUCACUACUGUUGAUGUCGGUCACCAUAACAUAAUGAUUACACAACAAGAUGUAUUUUUAGAGGAAAAAACCUUUGUUAACAAAGAUUCGCCAAGAUCUUCGGAUUUAGAAGAAAGUGAAGAAAUAGUAACAAAAUUCAUUCAAUCGCCUGAUAAUGGACAACCAAAACAAAUUAAGACAAAGCGAACUAUAAUAAGAAAACGAAAAACAGAGGAUGGAAAAGGUAAUGAAUCAAAUAUUGUAAUAGAAGAAAGACUAGAUGACGAUGAAAGACAAGAAUCAGAGAAAGAAGUAAAUCAUAGCGUAAAAAUAGAGGAGUAUGAAGGAGAUGAAUCAUUAGUGACAGAUACCGAUAAAAGUACAAUCGAACUACCUGAAGAAAACUUCCAAAUACCUAAGAUGCGAUCUCAAGUUCACAUUGAAGAGAUUCAAGUUGAAAGCGACUCAGACAAAUCAAUUAAAAAAGUAGUUAAAGAAAAAUAUCAGGUUAAGAAAAAGAGUAACAAAAAGGUGAAACACACAGAAGAAAUAUUUAAAGAUGAUAUCAAAGAUUUUGAUAUACCGCUUGAGACAAGAACAACUGAACUGAUCAAAGAAGAACCCGAACAAGUACAAAUAGAUGAAGUGAAAACGGAAAGUGGUGAAACUCAGAAGGUCAAGACAGUCAAACGAGUGAUCAAAAAACAAAAAGGACUCAAGAAAGAAGUAACAGAAAUAACAACGAUUGAAAAGGAAGGCGAAGAACCCGUCACUAGUGUUAUUGUGACAGAAGAAACUGCUCCAGAUUACGAAGAGAUCCCUGAGGUCCCACAAGUGGUGGAGCUUCCUGAAGAGACCAUAGAAGAGGAGGUGCCAAAUGACGAUGGUAAGCCACGUAAAAGUAAAAUAACUAAACGUACUACUCGAAAGAAACCAAUAUCAAAACACGAAACAACAGAAAUCACAUCAACACAAAUAGAUGAUAACCAACCAAUCGUUACUGAACACACAUCAGAGGAAAUACUCGAUGACACUACAUCUCCACUUGACUCGUUAUACGAAAAACAAGAAGCUGAAGUGAUCGAAGAAGAACCCGAACAAGUCCAAAUUGAUGAAGUGAAAACGGAAAGUGGUGAAACUCGGAAGAUCAAGACAGUCAAGCGAGUCAUCAAAAAGCGUAAAGGAGCUAAAAAAGAAGAAACAGUGAUAACCACUAUUGAAAAGGAAGGAGAAGAACCCGUCACUAGUGUUAUCGUGACAGAAGAAACUGCUCCAGAUUACGAAGAGAUCCCUGAGGUCCCACAAGUGGUGGAGCUUCCUGAAGAGACGAUAGAAGAGGAGGUGCCAAAUGACGAUGGUAAGCCACGUAAAAGUAAAAUAACUAAACGUACUACUCGAAAGAAACCAAUAUCAAAGAACGAAACAACAGAAAUCACAUCAACACAAAUAGAUGAUAACCAACCAAUCGUUACUGAACACACAUCAGAGGAAAUACUCGAUGACACUACAUCUCCACUUGACUCGUUAUACGAAAAACAAGAAGCUGAAGUGAUCGAAGAAGAACCUGAACAAGUCCAUAUUGAUGAAGUGAAAACGGAAAGUGGUGAAACUCGGAAGAUCAAGACAGUAAAGCGAGUCAUCAAAAAGCGUAAAGGAGCUAAAAAAGAAGAAACAGUGAUAACCACUAUUGAAAAGGAAGGAGAAGAACCCGUCACUAGUGUUAUCGUGACAGAAGAAACUGCUCCAGAUUACGAAGAGACCACUGAAGUACCAAUAGUGCUCGAGCUUCCCGAAGAGACCAUAGAAGAGGUGGAACCAACCGAUGACGGUAAACCACGUAAAACAAAAACAACACAAAUGGAUGAUAACCAACCAGUCGUCACAGUUCCCACAACAGAGAAAGUACUGGAUGAAAUAAAAUCUCCACUUGACACUUUACACGAAACGCAAACUGCUAAAGUGAUCGAAGAAGAACCCGAACAAGUACACAUAGAUGAAGUAAAACCGGAAAGUGAUGAAACUCAGAAGGUCAAGACAGUCAAACGAAUGAUCAAAAAACAAAAAGGACUCAAGAAAGAAGUUACAGAAAUAACAACGAUUGAAAAGGAAGGCGAAGAACCCGUAACUAGUGUUAUCGUGACAGAAGAAACUGCUCCAGAUUACGAAGAUAUCCCUGAGGUCCCACAAGUGGUGGAGCUUCCUGAAGAGACCAUAGAAGAGGAGGUGCCAAAUGACGAUGGUAAGCCACUUAAAAGUAAAAUAACUAAACGUACUACUCGAAAGAAACCAAUAUCAAAACACGAAAAGACAGAAAUCACAUCAACACAAAUAGAUGAUAACCAACCAAUCGUUACUGAACAUACAUCAGAGGAAAUACUCGAUGACACUACAUCUCCACUUGACUCGUUAUACGAAAAACAAGAAGCUGAAGUGAUCGAAGAAGAACCCGAACAAGUCCAAAUUGAUGAAGUGAAAACGGAAAGUGGUGAAACUCGUAAGAUCAAGACAGUCAAGCGAGUCAUCAAAAAGCGUAAAGGAGCUAAAAAAGAAAAAACAGUGAUAACCACUAUUGAAAAGGAAGGAGAAGAACCCGUCACUAGUGUUAUCGUGACAGAAGAAACUGCUCCGGAUUACGAAGAGAUCCCUGAGGUCCCACAAGUGGUGGAGCUUCCUGAAGAGACCAUAGAAGAGGAGAUGCCAAAUGACGAUGGUAAGCCACGUAAAAGUAAAAUAACUAAACGUACUACUCGAAAGAAACCAAUAUCAAAACACGAAACAACAGAAAUCACAUCAACACAAAUAGAUGAUAAUCAACCAAUCGUUACUGAACACACAUCAGAGGAAAUACUCGAUGACACUACAUCUCCACUUGACUCGUUAUACGAAAAACAAGAAGCUGAAGUGAUCGAAGAAGAACCCGAACAAGUCCAAAUUGAUGAAGUGAAAACGGAAAGUGGUGAAACUCGGAAGGUCAAAACAGUCAAGCGAGUCAUCAAAAAGCGUAAAGGAGCUAAAAAAGAAGAAACAGUGAUAACCACUAUUGAAAAGGAAGGAGAAGAACCAGUCACUAGUGUUAUCGUGACAGAAGAAACUGCUCCAGAUUACGAAGAGAUCCCUGAGGUCCCACAAGUGGUGGAGCUUCCUGAAGAGACCAUAGAAGAGGAGGUGCCAAAUGACGAUGGUAAGCCACGUAAAAGUAAAAUAACUAAACGUACUACUCGAAAGAAACCAAUAUCAAAACACGAAACAACAGAAAUCACAUCAACACAAAUAGAUGAUAACCAACCAAUCGUUACUGAACACACAUCAGAGGAAAUACUCGAUGACACUACAUCUCCAAUUGACUCGUUAUACGAAAAACAAGAAGCUGAAGUGAUCGAAGAAGAACCUGAACAAGUCCAUAUUGAUGAAGUGAAAACGGAAAGUGGUGAAACUCGGAAGAUCAAGACAGUAAAGCGAGUCAUCAAAAAGCGUACAGGAGCUAAAAAAGAAGAAACAGUGAUAACCACUAUUGAAAAGGAAGGAGAAGAACCCGUCACUAGUGUUAUCGUGACAGAAGAAACUGCUCCGGAUUACGAAGAGAUCCCUGAGGUCCCACAAGUGGUGGAGCUUCCUGAAGAGACCAUAGAAGAGGAGGUGCCAAAUGACGAUGGUAAGCCACGUAAAAGUAAAAUAACUAAACGUACUACUCGAAAGAAACCAAUAUCAAAACACGAAACAACAGAAAUCACAUCAACACAAAUAGAUGAUAACCAACCAAUCGUUACUGAACAUACAUCAGAGGAAAUACUCGAUGACACUACAUCUCCACUUGACUCGUUAUACGAAAAACAAGAAGCUGAAGUGAUCGAAGAAGAACCCGAACAAGUCCAAAUUGAUGAAGUGAAAACGGAAAGUGGUGAAACUCGGAAGGUCAAAACAGUCAAGCGAGUCAUCAAAAAGCGUAAAGGAGCUAAAAAAGAAGAAACAGUGAUAACCACUAUUGAAAAGGAAGGAGAAGAACCAGUCACUAGUGUUAUCGUGACAGAAGAAACUGCUCCAGAUUACGAAGAGAUCCCUGAGGUCCCACAAGUGGUGGAGCUUCCUGAAGAGACCAUAGAAGAGGAGAUGCCAAAUGACAAUGGUAAGCCACGUAAAAGUAAAAUAACUAAACGUACUACUCGAAAGAAACCAAUAUCAAAACACGAAACAACAGAAAUCACAUCAACACAAAUAGAUGAUAAUCAACCAAUCGUUACUGAACACACAUCAGAGGAAAUACUCGAUGACACUACAUCUCCACUUGACUCGUUAUACGAAAAACAAGAAGCUGAAGUGAUCGAAGAAGAACCCGAACAAGUCCAAAUUGAUGAAGUGAAAACGGAAAGUGGUGAAACUCGGAAGGUCAAAACAGUCAAGCGAGUCAUCAAAAAGCGUAAAGGAGCUAAAAAAGAAGAAACAGUGAUAACCACUAUUGAAAAGGAAGGAGAAGAACCAGUCACUAGUGUUAUCGUGACAGAAGAAACUGCUCCAGAUUACGAAGAGAUCCCUGAGGUCCCACAAGUGGUGGAGCUUCCUGAAGAGACCAUAGAAGAGGAGGUGCCAAAUGACGAUGGUAAGCCACGUAAAAGUAAAAUAACUAAACGUACUACUCGAAAGAAACCAAUAUCAAAACACGAAACAACAGAAAUCACAUCAACACAAAUAGAUGAUAACCAACCAAUCGUUACUGAACACACAUCAGAGGAAAUACUCGAUGACACUACAUCUCCAAUUGACUCGUUAUACGAAAAACAAGAAGCUGAAGUGAUCGAAGAAGAACCUGAACAAGUCCAUAUUGAUGAAGUGAAAACGGAAAGUGGUGAAACUCGGAAGAUCAAGACAGUAAAGCGAGUCAUCAAAAAGCGUACAGGAGCUAAAAAAGAAAAAACAGUGAUAACCACUAUUGAAAAGGAAGGAGAAGAACCCGUCACUAGUGUUAUCGUGACAGAAGAAACUGCUCCGGAUUACGAAGAGAUCCCUGAGGUCCCACAAGUGGUGGAGCUUCCUGAAGAGACCAUAGAAGAGGAGGUGCCAAAUGACGAUGGUAAGCCACGUAAAAGUAAAAUAACUAAACGUACUACUCGAAAGAAACCAAUAUCAAAACACGAAACAACAGAAAUCACAUCAACACAAAUAGAUGAUAACCAACCAAUCGUUACUGAACACACAUCAGAGGAAAUACUCGAUGACACUACAUCUCCACUUGACUCGUUAGACGAAAAACAAGAAGCUGAAGUGAUCGAAGAAGAACCCGAACAAGUCCAAAUUGAUGAAGUGAAAACGGAAAGUGGUGAAACUCGGAAGAUCAAGACAGUCAAGCGAGUCAUCAAAAAGCGUAAAGGAGCUAAAAAAGAAAAAACAGUGAUAACCACUAUUGAAAAGGAAGGAGAAGAACCCGUCACUAGUGUAAUCGUGACAGAAGAAACUGCUCCGGAUUACGAAGAGAUCCCUGAGGUCCCACAAGUGGUGGAGCUUCCUGAAGAGACCAUAGAAGAGGAGGUGCCAAAUGACUAUGGUAAGCCACGUAAAAGUAAAAUAACUAAACGUAUUACUCGAAAGAAACCAAUAUCAAAACACGAAACAACAGAAAUCACAUCAACACAAAUUGAUGAUAACCAACCAAUCGUUACUGAACACACAUCAGAGGAAAUACUCGAUGACACUACAUCUAUAUUUGACACUUUACACGACACACAAAAUGCUGAAGUGAUCGAAGAAGAACCCGAACAAGUCCAAAUUGAUGAAGUGAAAACGGAAAGUGGUGAAACUCGGAAGAUCAAGACAGUCAAGCGAGUCAUCAAAAAGCGUAAAGGAGCUAAAAAAGAAGAAACAGUGAUAACCACUAUUGAAAAGGAAGGAGAAGAACCCGUCACUAGUGUUAUCGUGACAGAAGAAACUGCUCUAGAUUACGAAGAGAUCCCUGAGGUCCCACAAGUGGUGGAACUUCCUGAAGAGACGAUAGAAGAGGAGGUGCCAAAUGACGAUGGUAAGCCACGUAAAAGUAAAAUAACCAAACGUACUUCUCGAAAGAAACCAAUUCCAAAACACGAAACAACAGAAAUCACAUCAACACAAAUUGAUGAUAACCAACCAAUCGUUACUGAACACACAUCAGAGGAAAUACUCGAUGACACUACAUCUCUAUUUGACACUUUACACGACACACAAAAUGCUGAAGUGAUCGAAGAAGAACCCGAACAAGUCCAAAUUGAUGAAGUGAAAACGGAAAGUGGUGAAACUCGGAAGAUCAAGACAGUCAAGCGAGUCAUCAAAAAGCGUAAAGGACCUAAAAAAGAAAAAACAGUGAUAACCACUAUUGAAAAGGAAGGAGAAGAACCAGUCACUAGUGUUAUCGUGAAAGAAGAAAUUGUUCCAGAUUUCGAAGAGACCCCUGAAGUACCAAUAGUGCUCGAGCUUCCCGAAGAGACCAUAGAAGAGGUGGAACCAACUGAUGACGGUAAGCCACGUAAAAUAAAAACAACACAAAUGUAUGAUGACCAACCAGUCGACACAAUUCACACAACAGAGAAAAUACUCGAUGAAACAACAUCUCCACUUGACACUAUACACGAAACACAAAAUGCUAAAGUGGUCGAUGAAGAACCCGAACAAGUACACAUAGAUGAAGAGAAACCGGAAAGUGGUGAAACUCAGAAGGUCAAGACAGUGAAACGAGUGAUCAAAAAACAAAAAGGACUCAAGAAAGAAGUAACAGAAAUAACAACGAUUGAAAAGGAAGGCGAAGAACCCGUCACUAGUGUUAUCGUGACAGAAGAAACUGCUCCAGAUUUCGAAGAGAUCCCUGAGGUCCCACAAGUUGUGGAGCUUCCUGAAGAGACCAUAGAAGAGGAUGUGCUAAAUGACGAUGAUGAGAAGUUAGAAAAAUUGCCCAUAGUUCAAGAAGACGACAACUUAAAAAAACCGUUGGAAUCAGAAUUAGAUUUACAGCCAAAAUUAGAUGCAAAGAAAUUAAUUCUUUCUAAAGUAGAACACUUUGAUGUUGAAACUCCACAACAUCCGGAAAAAAUUGAAAAUAUACAAUUUACAAAAGUAAAAUUGAAAAAAUCUAUUCAGAAACCUAAGCCAGAACCAACCUCCACUGUAACUUUACUCAAAUUCCAGCUAAAGAGCCGCAUCAAAAUAAUUGAUGACUGGCCUCCAAAGGAAUUAAAACCAAUAUUGACCAAUUUAGGAAGUAUACGACAGAAUGGAGAGAUAUCACGCAAUGUAAAAGAAGCAGCAAAGGUUAAACGAAAACCUGUCAAAAUUUCUUUAAUUCCCGAAGCAGAAAAAACUACGUUAGAGAAACCUGAUAUUUUCCCAGAUACUAUAAAGACAGAGAAAACAAAAGCAGAUGAAAACCUUAAGCCAAGUGAGAUUACAUAUGAAGAAAAUGAUGUAGAAUUAAAACAAGCAAAGCCAAAAGAGAAACCUGCCAUAGACAUGCCAGACGCUAGUGAAAAAGUUACUCCUAUCAAAAAAGAUUUAGAGGAAAAGAGUCAAAAAAUUGAUGAGCCAUUAACUUCAAUUGAAAGUGAAAAGGAAAUAACCGAUAAAAUAUUUGAUAAAAAACCAACAAAGAAACACCCUAAACUCGUUCCUCUUCAAAUAGAAAGUAAAACUUUUGAACCCAGUGAACCUCAAUUCGUAGAUAGUACUGAAGGCCCGGUAUUUAAAAAACUUAAGUUAAAAAAGACUGUUGCUCCUCUGAAGCAGGAUACUUCAUCGGUAACACUACCUAAAUUUCAAUUAAAAAGUCGUAUAAAAUUCGUAAGUGAUUGGCCUCCAACAGUCACUAAGCCAAUAAUAACCACCAUAGGAAGUAUCCGUCAAAAUGGAAUACUUUCGCGAAAUGUAAAGGAAGCUGCAAAGCUUAAAAAAGAAGUCAUCCCGACGCCUAAACUACCUGAAAUACACCAUACUCCAUUGGAGAAAACAAUGUUCGAUUCUGAAGAUAUAAAACUAAGUAUCGAAGCGAAACACGAGAAAGAAUCGACUGAGAAGAUCCAUGAUACUAUGAAUAUUGCCACUACAGAAACGGAGCCAGAGCAAUUUACAAUAAAACCUAAAAGGCCAAGUCUGAAGAAGGUACAAGAAAUAACAGAUGAAGUAACUAUUAAGAAAACAUUAAAACCUGUUCGGAAAUCGUCUAUUCCACAAGCGGAUGACGCCGAACCGGAAAUAGUAACAUUUAGACCAAAAACAACGAAAACAAAAGAGGAUGUGGAACAAGAAUUUAACAUUCAUUUAGAUUCUUAUGCUGAAGAAGAAAUCUCUAUGUCGAGUAAAGUAAAAUUAAAACCUCAACGGAUCCCUACUUUUGAUGAGGCAGCUAAUGAAACAUCAAUCCAAUUUUAUGAAGAAACAGAAGCAGAGGGAAUGGUAGAAAUCGUGGAAACUGAAGAAAACGUAAGAGAUGAAAUGGCAGAUAUUACAAUACCCUUUAAGAAACAGCCGGAAUAUAUAAAAACAAACGAAGACGAAGUAACUUCGAAAGUUUUUAAGCCAAAGACAGAGACAGAAAUAACACAAGAUGUAAAUAUAACGUUAGACAAAAAACCUAAAUACACUGUUCAUGAUCAAGAAGGCGUUACUUUUGAUGUUAAAUCUCGCACAGAAAAAGUCACUUCCGAAGACGUAUCGCUAUCCAGCAAUGUGAUUAUUAAACCAAAAAUGAAAACUACCCACGCUGAAGGGUCUGCGGAAACUUCUAUAAAAGUGACUCAAGAAUUUGAAGAUAAUAGUCAAAUAGAAGAAAUAAUAGUAAGUGAUGUAGAAUCAGAAGAAAACGUUGAAAUGGUGAUUAGACCAAGGGGAAAAAAACCAAACUAUGAAAUAAGUGAAGUAGAGGAGGUAAAUGUUGAACUCAAACCGAAAAAACCCAAGAAUGUUUUAUAUGAAGAAGAAAACCUUACAUUUUCUACUAAACGUACACCAAGAAAGCCUUUGGAAAUACAAGAAGCGGAUGUAUCGAUGAGUAUAGCUAGGGAGCAGGAAUUCCCUGAAACUCCAGUCAACGUGCGCAGGGGUGACACAGUUUUCGCCGUCUACUCGUAUGUAGCAGAAACUGACGACGCCAUAAAUCUUGUGGAGGGAGAACGAUUAUAUAUCUUAGAAACUACAAAUCAAGACUGGUGGUUUGUUCGGAAACAUCUAACUGAAGAAACAGGUUGGGUACCAGCACAAUAUCUAAUGGAUGAACCAAACUACACUUCAUAUCUACAAAAGAAACUUAAUGAAAAAAUUGAUAAGCUUCCAGUAUUUGAAAAACCUACGUCUGAAGAACAGGCAAUAGCGCCAAUAUUUGUGGAAAAGUUACGUCCUAAGCAUACUCCAGAUGGAUCUACUGUGCAGUUUGAAUGCCAAGUAGAAGGAUAUCCAAGACCGCAAAUCACUUGGUUCAGACAAACAGCUAUAAUAAAACCAUCUCAGGAUUUCCAAAUGUAUUACGAUGACGAUAAUGUUGCUACUUUAAUCAUUCGAGAAGUGUUCCCAGAAGAUGCUGGUACGUUUACUUGCGUAGCCAAAAAUGCAGCUGGUUUUGCAUCAAGUACAACUGAAUUAACUGUUGAAGCACCCUUGUCGGAUCAUGGAUCCGAAAUGACUAUUUUAUCAAGAAAAAGUCUGUCUAGGGAGUCUUCUUUGGCUGACAUAUUAGAAGGUAUUCCGCCAACAUUUUCGAAGAGACCAAAGGCCCAAUAUGUCGAGGAAGGUUCUAACAUUUUGUUGGAAUGUAGACUUGUUGCUAUUCCGGAGCCAGAUAUAGUCUGGCUAUUUAAAGGCGAAGAAGUAGUGCCUAACGAAAAUAUUUCGAUAGUGACAGAAUCAGAUAUGCAUAUGUACUGUAGCGUAUUAAAAAUAACAAAUGUAAAGAAACAUCAAGAGGGUACGUAUACAGUGGUUGCUGUAAAUAGAGAAGGUGAAGCGAAUCUACCUAUUGUACUGAAAAUAAAAACUGGCCAAAAGGAAAAACCGCAAGUUAUUGAACCUCUUAAAAACAUGUCCAUUAGAGAAGGAGAAAGUUUUGUUCUCACUGUUCAAGUAGUUGGAAAUCCGAAACCGAAAGUAACAUGGUAUAAAAAUAAUGAACCGAUAAAAUCAGACGUCUGUAAAACUGAUGGCGAUAUUCACACUAUUACAGUAAUAAAACCUAGAAAAGGAAUAAAUGAUGGAAUUUACACCCUUAAGGCUAAAAAUACAGAGGGAUCCACCCAAACUAGUGCCGUUAUUACUAUUGAAGAACCUACAGAAGAAGAUGCGGAACCGCCGUUAUUUAUUCACAGAUUCCAAGAAAUAACUGUCAACGAAAAAGGUACUAUAAAACUGUUUGCCAAAGUUACGGGAAACCCCGUUCCAACUAUAACCUGGUACAGAAAUAAUAAAGUAAUAACCCCUUCCGAUACAAUUACCCAAACAUUCGACGGUGAAAACAUCGAACUAAUUAUACGUAAUGUGGAUUCUGAAAUUGAUUCUGGUGAUUACAAAUGUGUAGCAUCAAAUAGCGCUGGUAAAGCAUCUCAUGGAGCUCGUGUUACCAUCGAUGUGGAUAAAGUGGUAUUUGUUAAAAAUCUCCAUAAAUCCUAUGAAGUAGAAGAAGGAAAACUAGUUAUUUUAGAAUGUGAAACUUCUCAUACGGUUUCUACUAAAUGGUACCACAAUAAUAAAGAGUUAAGUGGAAUGGAUCACAGGGAAAUAAUACAAGAAUCCCGAAUACAUAAACUGAAAAUUAAGAAAACUAAACUUACCGAUACUGGUAGGAUAAAAUGUAUCGUAAAAGAUCAAGAAACUAGUACACACUUAAUAGUUCAUGAAACAACUCCUGAAUUUAUUAGGAAAUUACAAGAUUUCGAAGUUAAAGAAAAAGAUGUCGCAAUCUUGGAAGUAGAAAUAAAUUCAGAAACCGCAGAUGUAUUAUGGGAAAAGGAAGGUAAAGUAAUCAAACCUAAAAAGAAUAAAUAUGAUUUUGAGAAACGAGGCAAUGUUCGAAAAUUAUUUAUCAGAAAUACUUCAGUACACGAUGAAGGGGAAUACACGUGCAUAUUACGUGAUGAUUCAUGCACUGCGGAAGUGACAGUUGUCGAGUUACCUCCCGAAAUCAUAUCACGUCUUACAGAUCAAAGAGUAAACAAAGGCAACAAGGCGACAUUCGAAAUUGAACUGACAAAGGGUGAUGCAUUAGUUCAAUGGUAUAAAGAUGACAUGGAAAUACAAUUUUCAAAUCAUAUUCAACUUACAAUUGAUGGUAAAAAACAAAAGUUAAAGAUUUAUGACUGCGAAGAGAGUGACGGUGGAAAAUACACUUGCGUUGUAGGUAAUGAUAAAUGCACAGCGACUCUGACUGUUGAAACACCAUCGAUUGAUUUCACCAUGCGUCUACCUGAAUUCAUCAUAGUCCCCGCAUAUGCAGAUGCAUAUUUAACUGUUGAAAUACCAGAUGACCAAUAUGAUGUUACUUGGUUAAGGAGAAAAAAUAAAAUUGAAGAUUCGGAAAAGUUUACCUUAAUAUCUGAUGGUAAGAAACGAACAGUUAUUAUUAGAAAAUGCUUGGAAGAAGACCAAGGUGAAUAUUCUUGUUUGUUGUUAGACGCGAUGUGUUCGACGAAGUUAAAAGUAGAAGUUACAGAAUUCUCUCCUAAAAUCUUAGACUACAUAAAGGAAUACAAAAUAAAGAAAGGAAGUGAUGUAACAAUAAGUGUCAGUUACGAAGCAGUUCCUAAACCUAAUGACGAAUGGAUUGUUAAUUCUAAGAUAAUAAAGAGGACCAAGCAUACAAAACCAUUCAUAGAUUCAAACAAUGCUAGUCUCACUAUUAAAAAAGUUGACAAUACGGAUGCAGGCAUCUAUAAACUUUGUCUAGAGAACAACUGCGGAAAAGCAGAUGUUGAUAUCAAUGUUGUCAUUACAGAUAUUCCAUCUCCGCCUGGAAAACCUAACGUAUUGGAGGUGGAUGACAGUUCUAUUAACAUAUUUUGGGAUGAACCAAAGAGCAAUGGAUUUUCGGUUGUUACUUGCUACAUUGUUGAAUAUCAAGAAAGAAAUACUUCAGAGUGGUUAUCAAUCGAGAAUAUCACGAAAACUCAAGUUUAUAUUAAAAAUUUGAAGGUUGAUACUUAUUAUCGAUUCAGAGUGUUUGCAGUUAACGAAGUCGGUGUUAGUGAAUCUUCAGAAUGCUCUGAAUUUAUUUUAAUAAAGAAAAAAGUAUCAAAACAAGCUCCCUCUGUAGAAAAACCAUUAAAAGAUGUAAUAGGAAAUCCAAACGAAGAUGUAGAACUAACUUGUAUAUUUGGAGGUAUGCCUCAACCAAAAGUUACCUGGUUUAAAGAUGGAAAGAAAAUUAUUACUUCUAAAUCUACAUAUGUCAAUAGAGUAGCAACACUUAUAAUUUCCGUGGAAGAAAAAUCUCAAGGGGAAUAUAAAUGUGUUGCUGUUAACGAUUACGGUGAAGUAGAAACAUCGUGUAUCAUAGAAGUGCAACAGAAACCUAUUAUACAUAUAACGGAAAAUGAGAGGUCACAAAAGCUUAGAGUUAAUGAUAAAUGGUCCGUAACUGCUACCAUUGAUGGUAUACCCAAACCGCAAAUUGUUUGGUAUCGAAAUGGCUCUAAGAUUGAUGAUUCAAGCGACAUCCAGAAAACAAUUAACGAUAAUGUUAGCGUGAUAAACAUCCCUAAAGUUGAACGGUUACACAGUGCAAAAUAUACAAUUGAGGCUUCUAAUAACGCUGGCUCCACUUCUUACGACGUCACCUUAAGUGUAUACGAUGUACCAAGUAAACCAGAAGGCCCUGUUGUUAUGAAGGAAAUAAGCAAAGAAUCUGUCACAAUACAAUGGAAGCCACCUUUGGACGAUGGCGGCUUAGAUAUAACAAAAUACGCAGUUGAAAAAUAUGAUCCGGAAAUGAGGCAAUGGCUUAAAGUAGCUGAUGUUGAUAAAGAAGUUACAUCUUAUUGCUUCCAAGGAUUGAAUGAAAAUAAUAGUUAUAAAUUUAGAAUAAUGGCCAUAAAUCCUAUCGGGGUCUCUGAAGCUUUGGAAAGCGAGGUGAUAGUAAUAAAGACAGCUUUGGACGUGCCAUCACCACCGUUGGGCCCGUUAGGUAUUUACGGCAUAACUAGUGAUUCUGUCACGAUAUCAUGGUCUCCAUCCGAAAGAAAUGGUGGUUCUGCUAUACUGGACUACACUGUAGAAAUCAAAGACGGCAAAAAGUGGAAACAAAUAGCUACCGUUACAAACACCACGGCUAAAAUAGAAAAACUGCGUGCAAAUGUGUCAUACAAAUUGAGAAUAUACGCUAGAAAUGAAAUUGGUGUGAGCUUACCUUACAUUCCCGAACAAGAAAUAACUAUUGGGAAAACUUUAUCUCCACCUUCUCAACCGCUAAACGUUGUGGUACGAGAAAUUACUUCGAGAUCAGUCACUCUGUCGUGGAUGGCCCCAGAGAGCGAUGGUGGCAGCGUAAUAACAAAUUACAUAAUAGAAUAUACGACAGCAAAUAGAAAAUCAUGGUCGAAAAUUAUCACAGUUAAUGGUUCAACCUAUGAACAUUGUAUUGAGAACAUUAGGGAAAAGGAAGAUCUCAUAUUCAGAAUAUCUGCAGAAAACAUAAUUGGCAUUAGUUUACCGACAGAAUCAGAAUUAGUGCAUUUGGAGAAACAUGCCACUGUACCUUCCCCACCAAUUGGACCAUUAGAAAUCAGAACAGUAGGCAAUAACAUUGUUAUGACGUCUUGGGGAACGCCGGAAUGGGACGGAGGUGCCCCUCUGUUGGGAUACAACAUAGCCAUCCGCGACGUCACAAAAACAAUGUGGAUGGAAGUUGGUAAAGUUGACAGUCAAACAUUGAAAUUCAAUAUCAAGGAUUUGAGUGAGAACCAUACCUACAUGAUAAGAAUAUACGCUCGCAACGAAAUUGGUAUCAGCGAACCGCUUGAAUCCGAUGAACCAUUUAAAGUUAUUCCUGGAGAAGACUCAUAUGCUGAUGAGGAACCGGGCGAACAAACAGAGAUGACAGAGCCGACGUCCUUCAGUACACAGACGACGACAUCGUGGCUACGCGAACACAACAUGGACGCCGACAUACGAUCUUACGCCCGUGGCUCCCUCCUGCGACGUGACGAGUAUUUCUUCAGAAUAUGGUACUACGCCAAACAACUGUUCAAGUGAAUUAAUAACGCACGUUCGAACAUUGACCUGUGAUAUUUCAGAACAAAAUUUAUUGUUCAUAUAGUUCGCGAAUAGUAAACAUUAGACUAAAAUUUGAAGAGCGUCCAUCUUGAAUUCUAUCUCGCUUAAAGUUUGUUACCAUU